CACGCCGGCGCUGGCGGUGCCGGGAGGUUCGGGAACUUCGGCGCGGCUCGUGAGGGUCGGCGUUGCCGGGCGCGCUCGCGGUCGCCAUGGCGACAGGCUCGGAGCCCCGCGCGCCCCAGACCCUCGCUGCUGGAGCCGGCGAGGCCGAGGGAGGUGAGAAUAUCAAACCUUUUACUCCAGAGAAAGCCAAGGAAGUUAUAAUGUCUUUACAACAACCUGCUGUCUUCUGUAACAUGGUUUUGGACUGGCCAUCACGACACUGGACUGCUGAACACCUUUCUGAGGUCCUUCGUGGCAAGCAGAUACACUUCAGGAUGGGGCUGCAAAGCACAGACUCAGUUCCUCAGUUUGAAACUUUGUGUAGCUACGUAGAUGCCACCCUUGAAGAGUUUCUGACCUGGAACUGUGACCAGUCUAGUAAUUCUGGACCAUUUAAGGACUAUGAUCAUUCCAAAUUCUGGGCCUAUGCUGACUAUAAGUAUUUUGUCAAUCUAUUUGAAGACAAGACGGAUGUUUUCCAGGAGGUGAUGUGGUCCGACUUUGGGUUUCCUGGAAGAAAUGGACAGGAAAGUACCUUGUGGAUUGGCUCACUGGGAGCCCACACACCCUGCCAUCUCGACUCCUAUGGUUGCAAUUUAGUAUUCCAGGUACAAGGAAGGAAAAGAUGGCAUCUCUUCCCUCCUGAAGAUACUCCUUUCCUUUAUCCAACAAGAAUCCCUUAUGAAGAAUCCAGUGUGUUCAGCAAGGUCAAUGUCGUCAACCCGGAUUUAAACCGUUUUCCUCAGUUCCAGAAAGCCCAAAGACAUGUGGUUACACUGAGCCCAGGACAGGUUCUGUUUGUUCCUAGACACUGGUGGCAUUAUGUGGAAUCCAUUGAUCCUGUCACUGUCAGUAUAAACUCAUGGAUUGAGCUGGAGGAUGACCAUCUCGCUCGGGUGGAGGAAGCCAUCACCCGCAUGCUGGUGUGUGCCCUGAAAACUGCAGAGAACCCACACAAUCCCAGGGCUUGGCUAAACCCCACUGAGGCUGAGGAAAUAUCCCACGAAGUCAAUUGUCACUACCUCAAUGGAGCUGUGUGUGCCUUCUUGGAGCAUUACAGGACAUCCAAGGCCACAGAAGUCCAAGCGCUCAGAGCCAACAGGGAGCACAGGAAAAAGGAGGAAUUACACGUGGGCAGCCGCACAGAGAGAGACCAAACACGUAGCCUGAAUGUGAACAAGCACAGAGCAGCAAAGCAAAAGGCAGCAGACCCUCUUGGGCCUGAUCUGGUCCUUGUCACAGUGAUGUCUGAAGAACCAUCUUCAGAAAGGGAAGGCUUGUUUGAAGGUGAUGGUAAAGGCUUUGUUGACAAAGAUGGAGGGCACUCUGGGCAAUUGCAUUGUACCAAGAGGGAACAGAUGAUGAAUCAGAGUGAGAAUGUAUCUGUGGACCAAAUUGCUUCCAAUAGUCCUAUGACCCCUUCUCCAAAACUGAUUUCUACAGAUGACUUGCUGGACUGCCUAGUGAAUCCACAAGUAACCAGAAUGGUAGCACAACUUUUAAUACAAGGGAAAAGUUUGUGAUUCUAUUGGAUGACAUUUUAAAUAAUAUUUUUAAAUGUAUUUUUUAAAAAUAGGGUGGUUUUCAAAUAAAAGAGUUAAGUGUCAAUUUGCACUUGUUUGUAAAUGUACUUCUUCCCUAAUUGAAUUCAAGUGUACUGCC